AUGGCCUACAAAAAUGAGCCUUUGCCAACAUCAUGCAAAGAGAUUUUGGGACCUACUGAAGGUCUCAUUGAUCGGUCACUUUCAACACCAGGACGACGCUUGCGUAAAUUUAUAACAAAUGCAGAAGAAAACAUAACCAACAAUAUUUUUGCACAACGCCUUUCAUUAAUCUAUUCAGUCCAUGAGAUUGAGUAUAAGUCCUUGGCAGUAGUGGACUAUGCAGGUGGGAACAAACACAUUACUGACGCAUACAAAUUGAUUGCUGAAGAAUGGGGUUGCGAUUUGGAGAAAGUGAAACUAUGGUGGCGACGGGGUAAGGGCUAUACUAAGUUGAUGCAAGAAGCUGGUCCAGCUAUUAUAUUCGAGCUGGACCUUAAUGUCUCGGGUUUAUGCGAACAUCGUUUGAGGGACACGCAACGGAACUUAUUCACCAAGUGGCUUCAACUUCAAAAGUUCAAGGAAAAUAGGAUCGAGAAAUGCAGAUUGGCAGCAAAAAUCAUACUUGAUGGGUUGAUAACUUAUGGACAAGAGGACUACACCUAUGCCUUUUUGAGAGACGCUCCUAGCCGUCUGUUGGACAUAGUGAGAAAAUACCUGAGCUGGGAAGACAAUGGUACCAUCACGCCCAAACCCCUUUCCGAACUGCUGGAUAACCCGUGCCAGCCAUCCAACCAAACAGGGGAUUCCCCGAGUCCAAGCCAGCCAGCUUCCCCGAUAAUCUAUACCAGACUGGAUUCUCUGGCAAUUGCUGCGAGCAACCUAGGUCACUCUGGAGAUCAGACAAAGAGCCUGGACAGAGAACACACUUUGACUUCUUCUGAGUCAUACAAUACUAAUAUGGAGCAGUCGAUGGCUCCCCAGGAUUACCCUCAUGGCACAGAGGAGCAUCCAACCAGCCCUUUUGACCCCUCAGGAUACAUGGAUAUGGGAACCUUACCAAGUGCUAGAGGAGUGGAACAUCCAGCUGGCUCUUUCGAUCCUAAUAUUGAUGAUAUGGGGCAUCCAACUCCCCCUUUCGACCCUUCUAGCUAUAUGGAGAUAGGGUCUUUGCCAUAUGAUGAGACGGGACGUUCGAAUCCCCCUUUCGACCCUUACCGUUAUAUGCAGAUGGGGAGUUUGCCAUAUGAUGAUGAGGUGGGACGUUCAACUACCCCUUUCGACCCUUCUAUGUAUAUGCAAAACGGGAUACAUGGAAAUGGGGACUUUGUGUCAAGCCAACUGCCCUCUUCAUACCCGAUGAAUAUUGACGUUAAUACUUGCGAUCUCAGCCCUACCGUGGACGACCGACAAAGAGACACACUAGUGUUGGAAGAAGCUCGCUAG